GUCAUGCAUGUCCUAAAUAACAAAGUGAUAAAGAAGCCAGGAGGGCACGCCACUUUUUUUAUCUAUUCAUUUUUUACUAUUUGUUUGUUAAAGUCAUCUAAGUCUACAAACCAGGACUGUGGAUUGAAUAUUUAUUUGUGACAAGGGUGGGGAGAGUACUGGAGCCAUUUUCAAGACGUCUCACUUCAGCCAAGGUCGACAUACAGACAUAGAUGAAAAAUAAGGCACAGAGAUGGUUGCCAAAGUGAUUGCAAUUUUGCUGUUACUCCAUUCCUCCGCCAUCUUGGCACAGAGCCAAUUCAAAGCUCCAGAUUACGAAUGGAGUAAGCAUGUUGUCAUUGGAGGCUCAGAAGAAUUCAACUGCAAUGAGACCAACUACAUGGCACCCCUUCAGCCCAGUGAUCGCAUCGAAUGGGUGCUCCCUGACUCAAAGCGAGUUACUACUGGCUGGUCGGAUGAUCAUCGUUCCCUCAGGAACAUUACCAACGCUGGGCACAUUAUAAAUGCUAUUAUGCACAUCAAAGAUGUUCAACCCUCCAUCUUUGGAUACUAUAUUUGCAGGGUAUCCAGAAAUGCAGGCUCAGAAGUUGGCUACACUCGGUAUGGCCUUAAUCUAGGCGGAGCUCCUUUUGCCGACCCAUGGGAAAAGUACCAAUAUAAUCUAAUGGUAGGGGGUAUAGCAGGAGCUGUGGUCCUGGUGGUGUCCACUUUCCUGUGCCUGGUCUACAAAUUUCGUUACAAGGAGCUGGAAGACGGGCGAUACAAGGACACCAGUCGCUACACCGGACAACCAAUGAAAUCCACAGCAGUGUACGAUAAUGCCGCCAUGGACAGCAGCCAGGAUAGCAUCUUCAAGAAUGGUGACACAAAACCUGCUGCCUCAACUGACACCCAUAUGUGAACAAUUAUUUUGUAUGUAUAAGUGUGAUGGAAAUCAAUGAAUGUCCAAUGAAGAAAGUACUGACAAUUGUCUGUUGAAAAGAUAUUGAACUAUCUACCUUAUUUACUGCCCAUAAAAAUAAUUCCAUGGUUUAAAAAUACUUAAUCUUUUCAAGAGGAGAUCAAAUGAGAUCAAGUGGAUAUUAUGACAAAAAUGUUUUCUAAGUACUAAAACUUGGAGCUAUGAACAAUUUUACAGUGUACGUCCAAAGUGUACUCCACAACUAAGGACAUAUUAAUAUCUGGGAUUCAAAUAAUUUUUUUAAUUAAUUUUUGUUUUAAAAAUAUCUUCGAGCUAUCAUUAUCAUUGAUGGAUUUAGAAAAUAUAUAUAUUUUUAUGACUGAUCUGAAAUGUGUUAAAAGUCAAUUUAUAGUUA